AUGGAACACUUCAUCGAGUACGUCGCCAAAUGGAUGGUCGACGACCCCGACGCCGUCCGCGUUGAGCGCGUAGACAACGGCGACCACGUCGCCAUCCAGCUAAACGUCCACGAGGAUGACAUGGGCCGCAUCAUCGGCCGCGAGGGACGUCUCGCCAUGGCGAUGCGCACCUUGCUCUCCGUCGCUGGACACGCCCGCGCCGUGGACACGUCGCUCGACAUUCGCUAA